UCGCUUUAUGGUAGCCGUGAAGGGACGAGAGGGGCGUGGUGGUAUACGGUGGCCGAUAGGACGUUGGAGGCGGCUCUGUUCGCAGCGGGAUGGAGUCGGUGGUGUUCAUUUUUUCGCUCAUUGAUUGCUGUGCUCUGAUUUUCCUUUCCGUUUAUUUCAUAAUUACACUAUCAGAUUUGGAAUGUGACUACAUUAAUGCUAGAUCUUGCUGCUCAAAACUAAAUAAAUGGGUGAUCCCUGAAUUGAUUGGCCAUACCAUUGUCACUGUAUUAAUGCUUAUUACACUGCACUGGUUCAUCUUCCUUCUCAAUUUACCUGUAGCAACCUGGAAUAUAUAUAGGUACAUUAUGGUUCCCAGUGGAAACAUGGGAGUAUUUGACCCCACAGAGAUCCAUAAUCGAGGGCAGCUAAAAUCGCACAUGAAAGAGGCCAUGAUUAAACUUGGCUUUCACCUCCUUUGUUUUUUCAUGUACCUUUACAGUAUGAUCCUGGCUUUGAUAAACGAUUGAAGUUGAAGUGGAGGUGCAAACAGUUGCCAAAUUCUGAAUUGUCACUCCAUUGAAACCUUGUGGAGCUAGGCACAACUUUCAAGUAAACCUAGAACAGUGUCGUCAUGCAGUAUAUUUUUUCCUCUUUGAACAAAAAAUAUUUUUGCUGUAUUUUUUAACAUAUAAAGUAUUUAAAAAACCAUGA